AUGAUCCACAUGAAUAAUAUUUCAGCCUGUGGAGCGACUGAUAUAUUUUCACCCCAAACAAUGGAUGAUAGAAUGGCAGCGAUGGCAAUGAUCAUGGCCCCGCUGCAUCCGGCUGUACAGCCAAUGAUGGCAUCUUCCCUUGUUAAUUCGUCGUACCCAAUAAUGCUGACCGGAUGGACGUCCACUGUGCCACCGCCUACGGCAGCAAAUCAAAACACAUGGGCCAUCGGUGUGAACGGAGGAGAUGGGCUCAACUCGUCUUUUCCAACACCAUACUUCCCGCCAAGAAAGACACGAAGACGCCUAUCGGUUUCCGAGUCCAGACUGCUCAAUGCUGCUUUUGAGAUGCAUCCACAUCCAUCUGCAGACAUGCGUGCAAAGCUCGAGAAGCAGCUGGGUAUGUCUCGUCGCGCUGUCCAAAUAUGGUUCCAAAAUAAGCGAGCAAAGAGAAGAAGAAUCGAAAAGGAUGGGUCCAAAGGAUUGCCCUCGUCUCCAGGUGACGAUGACGAACAUUUUAAUAGGGGCUCGGAUUCUCUUUUGGUGUAUGCUCCAAUCACCGCGCCCACUGCAACGCUAAAACAGCCUACAAUGGCAACCACUUCGUCAACCUCGCUCUGCUUCGACGAGCUUGACAUUUCGCUUUCGGACGACCCUUUUUUAAACGCUCUUAGCAACGAUAUGGAGCUGCUUGGUAGUUGCGGCGGGAACGGCUUUCUGUAG